CAAAAGUCCGCACGCUCACUCACAUUGUUUGGGUUUUUGCGUGUUGUUUUUAAAUCAGCGCGUCUCAUUUCCGGUUAAAUGACGAGCUCCUCGUCUGUAGACAACCGGUGUUAUGUGGGCGUGGACGUGGGCAGUGGCAGCGUCCGAGCCGCGCUGGUUUCCCACGAUGGCCGUGUUACAGCCACGGCGGAGGAGCCCAUACACAUCUGGCAACCCCAGGCUGACUAUUACGAACAGUCUUCAGAUGACAUCUGGGCCAAAUGCUGCACCACGGUGAAGAGAGUGACUGAAGGCAUCCCGAAGGAGCGUGUGAGAGGGAUCGGGUUUGAUGCCACAUGCUCGUUGGUGGUUCUGGACCAAAACUUUCAGCCUGUUGCAGUUAAUAAAGAAGGUGUCCAGGAGAGGAACGUGGUCAUGUGGAUGGACCACAGAGCGAUGGAACAAGCGUCUCGCAUCACGGCCACGGACCACAGAGUCCUGAGCGCCGUCGGCGGGGUCAUGUCCCCCGAAAUGCAGCCGCCCAAGUUACUGUGGCUGAAAGAGAAUCUGAGGGAGAGCUGCUGGUUGGAAGCCGCACACUUCUUCGACCUGCCAGACUUUUUGUCCUGGAAGGCAACAGGUUCUUUAGUAAGAUCUCUGUGCACUCUGGUGUGUAAGUGGGCUUAUUCUCCGCCAGACGGCUGGGACGACAGUUUCUGGACGGCCAUCGGUCUCGAGGACUUGAUCGAGAACAAUCAUUCAAAAAUCGGAGAGAAGACGUGUUGUCCCGGCAGCCCUCUGGGAGCAGGACUGAGUCCGGAGGCGGCUGCAGGUUUGGGUCUGGAGCCAGGAACAGCCGUGGGAGCGUCUCUGAUCGACGCCCAUGCAGGAGGACUGGGCGUUAUCGGAGCGGAUGUGAGCAGCCAUGACCUGCCGUGUGAAAAUCAGCCAAUCACGUCACGCGUCGCUCUGAUCUGCGGCACGUCGUCCUGUCACAUGGCCGUGAGCCAAAAGCCUCUGUUUGUCCCAGGCGUGUGGGGUCCAUACCUGUCCGCCAUGGUCCCUGACCUGUGGCUCAAUGAGGGAGGUCAGAGCGCUACGGGACAACUGAUUGAUCACAUGGUGACAGGACACGCUGCAUUCCCUCAGUUAAAAGAGCGAGCGGAGAAAAGUGGAGUUCAUAUUUACUCCUGUCUGAACGCACAUCUGGAGGAAAAAGCCAAACACCUGACGGAUGUAGACGAGCUGACUGCGGGCCUGCACGUGUGGCCUGAUUUCCACGGCAACCGGUCUCCUCUGGCCGACCCGAGCCUGAAGGGCAUGGUUAUCGGACUGUCUUUGUCCCAGACGCUGGACGACUUGUCUCUCCUCUACCUCGCCACUCUCCAAGCGAUUGCUCUCGGCACCAGACACAUCCUGGACGCGAUGAGAGACGCGGGACACGACAUCGCGACCUUGUUCCUGUGCGGAGGGCUCAGUAAGAACCCACUGUUCGUGCAGAUGCACGCCAACGUCACGGGGUUGCCGAUCGCCCUGCCUGCGGAGAGAGAGGCCGUGUUGGUCGGGGCUGCUGUUCUGGGAGCCUGCGCCUCACAGGAUUACACCUCCAUCCAGGAAGCCAUGGAGAAGAUGGCCAGGAUCGGAAAAGUGGUUCGACCUAACCUCAAGCUCGAGAGCUUUUACAGGAAGAAGUACGCCGUCUUCCUGCGGCUCUUCGCGCACCAGAGAGAGUACGCGGCGCUGAUGAGCGACGGCCCCGCUGACGCUGACGGUUCGGCUCCUCUCAGGAAGUGAAAGUUUAGCCUGGUGAACAGACAGCUACAGUUUCAUCAGAUCUGAGGCCGUGUCACUACCGGUGCUGUUCGAAUCUCCGUCUGUCUCGGUGAGGUUCACAUCGCGACGUUUGAUCUUCAAAACCGAGAAUGUUGGGUUAAACAAUUUCCGCCAGCUCAGCUCUCAGAGUUGUGAAAGCUGACAGAAGCAAAGAGGUGUCUGUGCGGUGUGUGUGUGUGUGUGUGUGUGAGUGUGUGGGUGGGUGUGUGUCUUAAGUAACAGGCUCAAAGCCACAAAGCCAGUUGUGUAAAUCUUUUAAGGCCUACAUGAUUGCUCCAACAGCUGAGUGAGCAAUCUGAUGGAAUGUCCUGUACAGUUCAUGGGUAUGUUUUAAUACUGACUGAUAUGUAAAGAUUCACACACCAGGUUGGAGAGAGGAUCAUGACUUUGUAAUAAUUAAAACGAAGAUGACACAAGAGCUGUGACGGCCGUCUCGUUAUUCUCUAACCCUGACCUUAUGAACCUCGCAGGUUGAAAGAACAACUCGUUCGAUUUUUGUGCAAGGAAGUAUCGACUUCUGC